UGAUGGAUUCGCCCACCUGAUAUGUUCCCGGUCACAUGACAUGUCCGGUGGCCUGCGCGAGCGUUGCUGAGCCCCUGCAUCCGCCUGAGAAUUGAGUAUUAAACAUUUCAAAGGAAGAUGGCAGAUGACUUGAAGAGAUACCUUUACAAGCAGUUGCCUAGUGUUGAGGGCCUUCAUGCCAUUGUGGUAUCUGACAGAGAUGGAGUGCCUGUGAUUAAAGUUGCUAAUGAUAAUGCACCCGAGCAUGCACUGAGACCGGGAUUCCUCUCCACCUUUGCUCUUGCAACAGAUCAAGGAAGCAAGCUGGGACUUUCAAAGAAUAAGAGCAUUAUUUGUUAUUACAAUACUUACCAGGUUGUGCAGUUUAAUCGGUUGCCCUUAGUUGUUAGCUUCAUAGCCAACAGCAAUGCUAACACAGGAUUGAUUGUCAGUUUGGAGAAAGAGCUUGCACCAUUGUUUGAAGAGCUGCGUCAGGCUGUGGAAGUUUCAUGAAGAGCCAAAGCCGGCAAAUAGAACAUCUCAAAGAUUGUGAACUUAUUGGCACAGCGUGCAGUUUUCAGGAUUUCAAGUGAUGCUCUUAAAGGCACUUCAAGUUUAAAGCAUCCUAAAAUGCAAAUUGGAACAUCGAUGACUAAGUUUUGAUUGACAGUAUUUACUGCAUUCAGCUGUUGCUGUCCUUGAUACCUUCCUGCCACUAAUGAUAUGUGGUGUUUAUGAAAAAAAAUAGUAUCUGUGGUAUCCUGAAUUCAUGGGCUCUAAUUGAUUUAUUUUCAAGGCGGAGGGAAGAGGAAAAUACUAUAACUGGCUUUAAAUUAAUUUCUUUGUCUGGUUUUAAUGCCCAAGCUGAGCAUCUUGUUACGAAAGUGAUGCACAGCUGCAAAACCUGUUGGUGUGUCCAUUCACUCUUACUUGUAAAUGAAAAACCAAGAAGUGAUUAUCAUUCACUGAGCGCAAUAUGAUUUGGAAUAAAACAUGAGUAUUUAAAGCUG